AUGGGAGCUUCUACGAGUCACCACACUGUGAAAGAGCUCGAUCACGAGAAGCGGCAAGUGCCGUAUCUCGAAGGAAAAGAUGACUACAUCAAGAGCAGCGACAACUUGUGGAUUUACACGAAGUCCUGGAUGCCGCAGGGCAAACCGAAGGCGAACAUCUUCAUUCUCCACGGAUUCGCCGAGUACAGCGAAAAGUAUGAGCCUGUGGCGAGGGUUCUCAACGGCGAGGGGUAUGCUGUCUUCUGUCACGACCAUCAAGGGUUCGGAAGGAGCGAGGGAGACAGAGCCUAUGUCGAGAACUUCGCGGACUACGUCGAAGAGUUCUUCGCCUUCCACGCCGUGGUCAUGGACAAGCACCCUGAGCUGGCAUCUUUGCCCACCAUCAUCUGGGGUCACUCCAUGGGAGGGCUCAUCGCCUUCUACACCGUCCUGAAAGCGCAGAAGGACAACGUGAAGAUCAGUGGCGUCAUCCUCACCUGCCCCUCCUUCAAGCCCGAGCCCAAGACGACCAGACCCAUCAACAUCUUCCUCCUAUCCAUCCUCAGGCCAAUCGUGCCCAAGUUCGCGGUCCCAUGGGAGAAGGGCCCUCUCUCCCGUCACCCUCUCACCCACGACACCAAGAUACAGCAAGAGUUCGAGGCAGACCCGAUCUGCUACCAUGGGGGCCUGAGGAUCCGAUGGGGGAGCGAGAUGUUCCACAAGAUCCAGCAGAUGGACAAGAGGAUCGAUGAAUUCGUUCACCCCUUCCUCCUCUUUCAUGGCACCGAGGACAAGAUCGCCGACAUCGAGGGCAGCAGGUCCUUCUACCAGCGGAGCCGGGCCGAGGACAAGACCUACAAGGAGAUCGAGGGCGCAUACCAUGAGCUCCACAACGAGCUCCCCCCUAUGAAGGACGUCUUCCUCAAGGAGAUGAAGGACUGGCUGAGGAGGCAAACCUCUGCCUGA